GUGACUUCUCAUGGACGCGGAAGUCAUUUGUUUGUUAGCAAAACUGACAAAACGCUUCAACCAACGAUGUCUCCAAUGCGGCGGCAAAUAUAAUAAUUUAUAACUAUAUAACUAUAAUAAUUUCCUAACAUUUGACACAACCUUUUCGCCAUAUGAAUGAGUAUUAGCUUUAAGUGUAAUAACUAACCAUGACGGAAGAAAAUGACGAUACAAUGCAGGAGGCCCUGCUCUCCGGAACCGAUGAUGAAGUGGCUGAAGAUGAGGCCUCAGAUGAGAUCCCAGCUUCACUGCUCAGCUACUUUGAGGCCUCCAGAAAGCGACUGGAGGCUUGUGAGAAGAUCAUUCUGGAUGAUCUUGAAGGUUUGACUGCAUCAACACACAAUGAAGAAACGACAAACCAAGCAACGUUGGCAUUGACUGAUGAGGACACGAAGACACCGGCUGACUUGUGUGGUGCUCAAAAUGAGGACGACAGUGCCUCCACUGACGCGAGCCUCCAUGCAGAUGAAGAUGUGUUUUCUACUGACAGCCAAGGUGAAGGUGAAGCAGAAGAUUGCGAGACCUCACUGGUCAACGAGGAGGGACAGAAAAAGUCAGACUCUCAGGAGGAUGGAGGAGAGAGGGCACUCCAGAUGGAAAUCGAGCGAAGGAGACAAGGAGAACAAAAAUUUGAGGAAAAGCUGAGGAGAAUUAUGGAGGUUCAGAAGUUGCGCCAGAAGGAAGUGGAUUGGAGGGCAGAGCAGGCUCAAGAAAAGCUAGAGCAGGAAUUUCAUCUUCAACAGGAGCUGGUCAAUCAGCUGAAGAGACAAGUGGAAGAACAGUUGAAGACGAGGGAGGAGGAGCAGAAGAGGCUUCUGGAAAGAAAGAAAGAGGAGGAAGAGAUGAGGAAGACAGAAGAGAAGAAGCGAAUAGAGCAAGAAGAAAAUAGGAUUCAGAGGGAGGAGGAAGAAAAGAGGAAAGAGGCAGAGAGAAAACAGAGGGAAGAAGUGAGGAGGAAAGAGGACGCGAGGAAACAAAUAGAGGAGGAAGAAAAGAAGCGGAUGAAAGAGGAAGAGGAAAACAGAAUUUGGAUAGAAGAAAAGAUUAGACAGAGGGAGGAAGAAGCAAAGAGGGAAGAGGCAGACAGGAAACUGAAAGAAGAAUUAAGCAGGAUAAGAAAGAUAGAGGAAAAGAAGAUGGAUGAAGAGAGGAGGAUAGAGGAAAAGAGGAAGCAAAUGGAGGAAGAAGAAAAGAAGCUGAUGGAGGAAGAGAUGAAGUCCAUAGAAGAAAAGAGGAAGAAGAGUGACGGAGAAAAUGAGAGGAAAAAAGAAAAAGAGAGCAAACAAGUAGAGGAAAGAAAGAGGGAAGAGGCAGAGAGGAUGGAAAUGGAGGAAGAGUUGAGGAGGAAGGUCGAACAAAAGACGAGGAACGAGGCAGCAAAGAAACUGAAGGAAGAAGAGUUGAUGAGGAAGAAGGAAGAAGACGACGGAAGAAAAGAGGCAGACAGGAGGCAAAUUGAGGAAGACGAAAAGGAGGAAGAGUGGCAGCAAAAUACAGAGAAGAAGCAAAAGGAAGAAGAGGAGAAGACGAGGAAAGAGGAAGAUGAGAUGAUGAGGAACAAUGAGGGGAAACAUCUGAAAGAGGAAAAGUGGAAGAAAAGGGAUGAUGAGCCUGAGAGGGUAGAGCGUGGAACUAGCCUGAAGAAUGACAAAGAUGAGGUGGGGAUAGACGACAACGAGGAGAAGAUGAUGAAGGACGAACAAGAAGAGGAACGAAUGAAGCAGGAAGAUGAGAGGAGGACGUGGAGGGAGAAAGAGGCGUGUGGAAAGGACAGGAGAAACAAAACAAUUGGGGAAUGUGAACAGAAGAAAGUGGAAGAAGACGAGGGAGUGACUGUGAUGGAGGAAGAUGAACCACAGGAAAAGAAGGCAGAACAACCCAGGAAGGAUGCAUGGAUGAUUAAGAGUGAUGAAAAGAUAACAGAUGAGGAUAAAACCAGAAAGGAAGAGAAGAAUGAAUGUGGAAGGAGGGGAGGGGAGCAUGAAGACUCAGAUGGACAGAAAAACAACAAAGAAGAGGGUGAAGAAGUGAGGAAAAUGAAGGAAGUAGAGGAUUUCUUCAAAACAAAGGUUGUGAUCUCCAAACUUGAGGCGGAGCAAGCACCAACACAUUUACAUCCUCCGGCUUCACAACCUCAACAUGACCACAAUACCCCCCUGGACUCCUCACACCAAACUGGGACCACCUCCCCGAUCGCUCAGUUAGUGGAGCAGAGGAGGCUGUCCUGGCUGAAGAGCUGUGUCUUCUGGUCACAACUCUCCCGGCAGAACAGAAGCAGGCUGAAAGGUUCCGUCGGUACAAGGAGAGAGUUCAGGAGGUCUGCAGAGACCAGUGGACUUCCUCCACUUUGUCCAAACAUCCUGAAGCAGGUCUCAGGCAGGAGUUCCCUGCAGGAGCUGACCACAUUAGUUCUGGAGGACCUGCCAGGCUGCAGUUUGUCCACUCUGACCCAGUGUGCACGGCUCCAGUCCCUCACCCUCAGACGAUGCGGCCUCAAGGUUCUGGACAGUAUUAAGGAGUUACCAGAGCUCAGCUACGUCGACGUUCAGCAAAACCAAAUUUCUCGGUUGGACUGUGAUAAUAUGAGCACUCUGAGAGUUCUUAAGCUAGGCUACAACAAGUUGAUGUCCAUUCACGGCUUAAAUGGAGCAGAGAACCUGGGCCUUCUAGAACUCUCUCACAACUCCAUUACACGUGUUGCUGGUCUGGGUUCUUUAAGAAGACUCCAACAGUUGUCUUUGGAUCACAACCAGCUCAUUAGCACCAAAGGGCUGAAGGACUUGUGUACUCUGCUGCACUUGGACUGCUCUCACAACCACCUGGCCAGCGUGGAAGGUCUGGAGGACAACGUUCUGCUCAACGUGCUGGAUCUGAACUCCAACAGCCUCACCGAGCCGCCAGCUUUGCACAACCACGUCCUGCUCAGGGAGCUUCAUCUGGACGACAACAGCAUCUCGUCCCUUCAGGGCCUUGCCGCCUGUUGGCUGCCCCUCCUGCAAACUCUCACUGUGGCCCAUAACAGGCUCACACACCUGCCUCCCAUGUCGGCUGCUGUGUCCCUCUCUAACCUUGACCUGCGCUUCAACUGCCUGGCAGAUGUGAAGAAUGUGUGCCUCAGCCUGGAGGGAUGUCAUUCGCUAAAGGAGGUGCACCUCACAGGGAAUCCUCUUCAGCAGGAGAGCAGUUGGAGAUCAACCCUGCAGAGAGCUAUCUCUAGUCUGAGGACCAUCGAUAUGACGGAUGAUGACUUCCCCAUCAUGGACUCUUCUUUUGCCCAGCAGAUUAGCCCCGCUUCCGACAUCUUCCUCAACUUUAUCCAAGUGCAGCUUCAGCAAACUCGUGAUUUAAGGCAGAAACACAGUGAACAACUCAGCAAAGCCUUGGACCCGCUGGACACUGUCAAAUUGACCUGUCAACACUUGACUGAAACCUUGCGGCUGGCUCAGGACCAUCGACGUGCCCAUGAGUGCGCUGAUAUCAGCUACGACCAGCAAAACGUCAGCAGGCAAUCUAUUGAUAUUAUCGAUGAGGCAGAGUUCAUUGGCAAGGUUUCCCCAAUCACUUGCAACAAGGAGACUGGUCGUGACUUUGCAAACUCUGCAUCAGAAGGAAAAAGAACGGGUCUGCAAAUGGCGGCGGUGUCACAAAACUUCACCAAUGACAUGACUGACACUGUGCUGGUUCAGCAGCUUGAAAGCAAACACAAACAGAGGUGGAACAUCAGCUCUUCUUUUAUAUCUGAGGACAGAGGAGGAAAAACAGAGUGUGGAGCUCCUUCUUCUAAUGUUGCCCGACAUCAUGCAGCAACUGUUAUUCAGGCACAUUGGAGGGGCUUCACUUGGAGGAGGAGGCUGGCGGACGCUCUUGCUGCCGUCACGUUGCUCGACACAAGCGAGGAUGAUAUCUUUGAGGUGGUGGACUUGGACGAAUUUGUCUUUGAUGAGGCUACACUUGAGCAAGGCUGGGCUGUGCCGCUUUGUGAUGACCUUCCUGCAAGAUGUUCGUCAGUGUCAAAGCAGCCAUUGUUGCAGCAGUUUUCUGGCUCCUAUUGUGAACAUUCCCAGCAUGUUCUGCCACCUCUGCCUGUAUGGAGACCUACACAGGCCUGGGGGAUCAAGGACCAGGAUGACUCUAGCGGCAAGACAGUGUCACCACAAAGAAACAAAUCUGCUUCAACCUCAGUGGCGAGUGGCCUCUCUGAAAGAUCAGAAAAGAUUCUGGAGGAAUGGGGUUUCACUAAUCCUCACACAGCUGAGCUGAUGCUAAGAAGAGCCCAGAAGAUGAAGUCAAAGAAGAAAAGCUCAGGUCCAUCUGUGCAUCUUGUGGCUUGUAGAAACUUACCACUCACUACUUACCCGCUGUGUGCAAUCGAGACUCCAAAGAGACAGAGACUACGUGGUAACGAUGGUACCAAAGUUCUCCAAGCUGAGGCGUGCUCGGGGCGAGCCAAGCAGGAAAGGACUCGGGAGUGGCACCGUAAGCAGAACACUCUAAAGUGCUCGGAAAGUGAGCAUUUCUUACCAGACAUCGGUGCCGUCAUGUUGAGUGGCGGCCCUCCACAGCGUGGAGCAGAAACAGCGCAUAUCGAACAGCUGCAUCACACUAGUGGAGUUUGGGCCGACAGCAGUUUAUCACCCCAACCAUGCAGAGAAAACAAAUGUGCACGCAACACCUCUGUUGAACUUCAGACAAAACAAGAUGCUCCAUCUUCUAGCCGGGUUCCAUCUGCUGUGCGCAGGAAGGAAUGCAUCUCCUUUCGGGAUGAGACAGUCAGGUGGAGCGGUGGCUGGGGUGGAGGGAAGAAGAGAGACAAACUAAAACAUGCACAUAACUGAAAAAAAACACUUCAAGUGACAUCUCCUCUGUACCAAAACUCACCUUAGCUAAUAGUGCUGUUAUGAUUUGAUACCUUCAUACGUAUUUUAUGACAUCUUAUCUUGUCCUGUCCUCCUCACCUCUCGAUGUUCUGGUGCAAACAGAACAGUAUCUGGUGUAAACUGUAUACUUAGUUCUUGGAGAUGGGGAAGGGGGGUGGUAAUUCAUUAAUAAGGAGAGAAGAAGAGGAACUUAAUAUCUUGUGCGCAUUGAUUUAGGAUAGCAGUUUUUCUUUGUCUUGGCUUUUCUCUUUAGGGAGUCAAUCGAUGUUUGAUUUGGCUUAGCUUUUACACUGAAUGUCCUUCCCGGUGCAACCCCCCAAUUUAUUUCGGCUCAGAACCAGUACUAUACAUCGCAAAUGGUUGACCGUUGGCCCUGGCCACCAGGAAUCAAACCUGCAUCAUCUGCGCAAAAGGGAGCAGCAUGUACCAUUACAGCACUGUGGCGAUUUAGGAUUAUGCUACACUAUAAAUAUGUAUACCGUUACAUAUUCGAGUGUAAUCAUCAAAGUGGCCAGUUUGGAGCACAGCAACUAGUGUCCCAAAUCCAUUACUGUUCAGGGUAUCUAUGAGGUCUUAAAAAGUCCAAUAAUUAGAAUUUAAAACCUUAAAAUGUCUCUAUAAAAUGUCUGAAAAUUUUAAAGGGGCCUUAUUAUGCUCAUUUUCAUCCCUUUGUAUUGAGUUGUGUACUCGAUAACACACAUAAAGCUUCCAGAUCUUCCAGAAUCUGCACCUAUUCUAGCUGUAUUUCCUUAGAUUUCCAAAACAGUCUCUUUUAAUUUAUUCCGCCCCUCUGGGCACACCGACUUUGCUGUGAUUGGUCAUACUCCCAAGCUCUCCGGAGGACUUCCAGACUACUGCCGAACCGCACUUUCUAAUUUUGUCGGUACAGGGGCCUUUUGGAGAGCUACUUGAAAAGUGGUUAGGAGGAGCUAGUGGUAGCUCAUGAGCUACUGUUUGGAAAUGCCUGACUUACCGUGUAUGAACUCCAAAGAGUGGUAACGUAGGUCCGUGUUUGCUAAGUGCAGACAAUCUUGGCACAAUAUUGGUAGUGGAAAUGUGGUCAUUACACACUUUUUGGUCACAGUGGAGGGGGUGCCACCAUGAUCUCAAUUGAACAAUGGAGCUUCAGACUAUAUGACUAUGUGGAGAUGUUGCAUAUGGCAUCCCUCAUAACUGAAGGUCCUGUCGUCUAUUUGGUAAUGACUGGAUUUUUCAACAGGACAAUUCUCACCUGACAUUGGACUUCUUCUGGAAGACUUGAGUGGUUAGCCUGCACGCUAACCACUCGGUCACUAUGCAGUCCAUGCGGCGUGUUCCUCUGAUCUAAAUCCAGUUAAGAGCAGUUAAGAAUUCACAGAAUUUCACAAAAACGGACAGCCUUCCGUGAAGCCAUCUUCACCACCUGGAGCAACAUUCCCACUAGCCUCCUGGAAAACACUGAAAUCAAGCAUUUGAUUGCACCUUUUCAGUGCAACAUCUGGAUAUGGACAGUGCACAUUUUGCCGUACUUCUCAGUGUGAAUGCACUUAUGCGCUCAAAAGACCAAGUGUAAGAAGGGAAGUGUGCCAAUUGAGACAUAGCCAAGCUUUGUUUUUUGUUUUUCUACCAUUCUGGACUUGACCAUUGUAAUUAUAGCUCUGCCCAUUAGGUACUCAACCAUUGUAUGGCACCAUCAUUAUUACAUUAUUACCUUCUGAAUCUAAGUGUACUGCUUGGUGUAACAUGGUCUUUACAGUCUUCAGUGUGUAUGGAUGGAUCUGGAUCCCUUCACCAAGCGCACACAUGUCAGCUGAUGGGUCCGCUAUCCCGCCUGGAAACAAUCACUUAAUGAAAGUCAAAACAAAUAGCUGGCCCUGGCGAGCAGCUCUCUUUCAGGAAAUGUGUCAGGUGUAUUUAUUUUGAUUGUUUUGUGCCACGUGUGUGCCUAGAGGUGGUGGCCGGUGGUUAGGUGGCAGCCAAGUUAUUUGACCGUAUACUGAUGGUAGAGUUUGGGCCAAAGAUGGGCUGGUGUACCGCCACAGGGACCGUAGAGAAACAGGAGCACUUUCUCGUUUGGCAGGGGGGAGCUUCUUAUCAUUAAGGCCUAUGUGGGGGCACCGUGUGUGGGGG